UCUCAAUUAUUUCCUUUCAAAAAUGUUCCAGUCUAUUCGGUAGUAUACAUAUAUAGCUAGGUACUAGAUGGUUUGUCAACUUUGUCACUCUAGUGUAUUUUUUUAUGCAACUUCUGUGUAUUACGUGCAUUAUCUAGUUAUAUAUGCACAUCUAAAUUUGACAAUGUUGAAUAUAUAGUUAAACAUCAUUACGAAGGAACACACGAUCAAAUUAGACGUUUUGAUUACACGAUUGAUAUUACUUAAAUAAAGGACAUUAUUUAAAAAUAUCUAUUGGAAUAUUACAAGGAACCGCUUCGCUUUAUUAAGAAAUUAGACAAAUAGAAAUAGAUAUUAAAAGCUAUGGAGGUUGAGGAAAAUAACGCAGCGGCUUCAACGGAUACACCGAUGGAAGUUGACGAGGAUAAUUCUGGAAAAACUAAUAUCACAUCAACAAAUCCUCCUAGUGCUAUCAAAGUAAUGGCAUCUUCUGGAACUGUCGGCUCUGUUUCUAUCAGUCUUCAUCCUCUUGUCAUAAUGAAUGUUAGCGAGCAUUGGACUAGGCUUCGUGCUCAAGAAGGGACAGAUCAACUGGUAUAUGGAGCACUAAUUGGCAAGCAAAAAGGACGCAAUAUAGAAAUUAUGAAUUCUUUUGAAUUAAUGUUUACAUGUAUUAAAGAUGAUGUUAUAAUUGAUAGAGAUUAUUAUAAUACUAAGGAAGAACAAUUUAAACAAGUGUUCAGUGAAAUGGAUUUUCUUGGGUGGUAUACUACAGGUGAUAUGCCCAAUGAAAGAGACAUUACAGUACAUAAACAACUUUGUGAAAUUAACGAAAGCCCUGUGUUAUUGAAACUUGAUCCAAGACCAAAAAAUACUGAUCAACUCUCUGUGUCCAUGUAUGAAUCUGUGAUUGAUUUGGUAAAUGGAGAAGCUACAAUGUUGUUUGUUCCAUUGACUUACACAUUGGCAACAGAGGAAGCAGAAAGAAUUGGGGUGGAUCAUGUAGCAAGAAUGUGUAGCAAUGAUCAAGGAGAGAGUUCAUUGGUUGCAGAACAUCUUACUGCACAACAUAGCGCUAUAAAAAUGUUACAUUCAAGGGUAAAACUAGUUCUGAAAUAUGUACAAGCUGUACAAAAUGGAGAAUUAAAGGGGAAUCAUGAAGUUUUAAGAGCAGCCUGUUCUUUGGGUCAUAGAUUACCAGUUUUAAAUAAUCCCAAAUUCAAAGCUGAUUUUUAUAACCAAUGUAAUGACUUUGGUCUAAUGACGUAUCUUGGUAUCAUAACAAAAGGUUGCAACAAUAUUAAUCAAUUUGUUAAUAAGUUUAAUAUUUUGUAUGAUAGACAAGGCGUAGGUCGUCGAUUGCGGAGCCUUUUCUUGUGAUAAGUGAAUAGGAUUCAUUGUUUUUAUACUUGUAUCUUUUUUACUCCAUAAAUUAUAAUGAAUAUUCUUGAAAUUUGUGAAAUUCAGUACAGGAAAUUUAAUUGGUUUGUAAAUUGAAUGCUGUAGUAGAUAUUGUACCUCUUAAAAAUAAACAUAAAAGUGAAAUAAACAUUGCAAUACUUGGUUUGAGUUCACAAGGAUAA